AUGGCCAACGUCUUUGCCGUGCAGGUUUUCUUCAUCGUCUUUCGAGAAUGCCUGGAAGCUAUUAUCAUCGUGUCGGUUCUUCUCUCGUUCCUCAAGCAGUGUCUUGGUCAGCCGGGUCAAGACCAGACAAUCUAUAAACGACUGCGGAAGCAAGUCUAUGUUGGAUCAAUUGUUGGUGUAUUAAUUUGCUUGUGUAUUGGAGCAAUCUUCAUCGGCCUGUUCUACGGACUUGGACAUGAUGCUUGGUCGACCUCUGAAGAUCUAUGGGAAGGCAUCUUCUACAUCAUUGCCACGGUCAUGAUCACUAUUAUGGGACUUGCACUUCUUCGCAUCAACAAGACUAAACAGAAAUGGCGCGUAAAGAUUGCCAAGGCCCUGGUUGAGAAGAGUCAUCAGAAGUCUCGGUGGAUGCGAAGUGAUUGGGGCCGUCGCUACGCCAUGUUUAUCCUGCCUUUGAUCACCACAAUGCGUGAGGGCGUCGAAGCCGUCGUCUUCGUUGGUGGAGUCUCUCUUGGCUACCCUGCAACUUCUUUCCCGCUACCUGUCGUUACUGGAAUCAUCGCCGGACUCCUCACAGGCUGGUUGAUCUACCGCGGAGGCAACGUCAUGUCAAUUCAGAUCUUCCUGAUUGCCUCGACCUGUGUCCUCUAUCUCAUUGCCGCUGGAAUGUUCUCCAAAGCCAUCUGGAGUCUGCAAUACUACCGGUUCGAAGUCGGAGUGGGCAGUGAUGUUUCUGAAGAGGGCUCGGGUGCUGGGUCUUAUAAUAUCCUCGAUACUGUCUGGCACGUCAACUGCUGCAACCCUGAGACUGACAACGGAUGGGACGUUUUCCAAGCAAUCCUGGGAUGGCAAAAUACUGGUACAUAUGGAUCCAUUAUCAGCUACAACAUUUACUGGCUCUUCAUCAUGGCCUGCGUUGCAUGGAUGAUGUACGAGGAGCGGACUGGCCGAGCCCCCCUUGCGCAGAAAUUCUGGCAAGUCUUGGCUCGUGUGCCGGGACUCAAGCGGAUUGCUGGCAAGAAACUGGAAGCGAUGAACAUACAAGACGAGAGUGUCGUUCGUCAGGUGAACUCUUCGAUGUUCCAUGAUUCUACCAUUGAGACAGAAAUGGUUCAGCUGAGUAAAUGA